AAAGAGGAAAGGGAGAAAGCCCACAUCUGGAUAACCACUGAACUGAAAAUUCAUAGAAAUGUGUUCAAGAUAUUAUGAUGAUAGACAAACUAUCAUCAUAAUAUCUUGGGGAGGAGGGGGGAGAUGGCCGUACAAGGAUAAAACUUGUCCUAAAGCAGGUCUGUUCUUGAAGAAAAAGUAAAUCUUUUACAGGACACCUGACGUAGUUCAGAGCUCAUCAGCUUUACUGGUAAGCUGUGUGCACUCAUGUGUUAGUCACAAGGUUGGAAACAAAGGUCACCUAAUGUUCUCCCAGUCUGUCACAAAUAUUCAGAAUGCUGAAAACACCAGACAUGCUCCUUCUCUUCUGUCUUGUCGGGGCAGCGAAUGCCCUGUACAAACAGUGGAUUCCUGACACCAACUAUGAGAAUAAGACCAACUGGGACAAAGAAACUGUUCCAUGUGGCAAUGACAUAGUUCAGUUUUCAGCCCAGAGACAAGUGUCUGUGUUUGUGGAGACCACACAUGCUGUGCGUGAGAUGAGACUGCCAGUUGACGGAGAGUUCAUCCUGAAUUCAGGAGCUGGAUUUUACAUUGUGAAUGGACAAGAGCCAGGCUGUGGGGCAGGUGUCACGACCCAGUUCAAAGAUUCAGAGUCUCUUCAGUGGUUUAACCCAGCUCUGUGGCAGGCCGCUGCAACUCUGGAUGACCUGCAGCGUGGAAAUGUCUUAUUCUCAGUCCAUGAGGAGAGUGUCCCUUGCCAAUAUGAUGAUGUGGUUUUUAAAGCCAGCUCCUCUUUCAGGGUGGACACCAGCUCCAGUCAGUCUAGCAUUUCUGUCAAAUCUGUGUCUGUGCUGGGGAGGAUGUUUGAUAUCAGAUCUGAGUUCUCCCAGUAUCUCAGCUCGCGCUCGGGCCGACUGCAGUUUCAAGGAUCCUCUGCUGUCACUGUUGGAAACCCGGGCUGUGGGGAUCCUUCUGGCUGUGACUGUGAGAAUUCUAUAAACCGUCAGCGGAUCUGUAGCACUGUAACAUGUGCCUCUCUGAGCUGUAAGAAGCCUCUCCUCCCUGUGGGACACUGCUGUGAUGUUUGUGGUACCAUUAUCACUAUCCAUUAUGCCGCUGCUUUCAACCUGCAAACUUACAGACAACGAGUCCAUCACCUAUUUCUUGUCCUGCCACAAUACAAAUCCAUUCAGCUGGGAAUGUCUAAAGUCUUCAAAUCACAGCGGUUGAUGGGGAUCAUCCCUUUCGGUACCUCACCCGAGAUCCAGGUGGUUAUCCUGGAUGGAGAGAAGGGAACACAGUCAGACACUCUGGCCUGGGACAUAGUGAAGGAUGCCCGUUCUCAUGGCUCUAACCUGGGAAUCAUUGGGGCUGAAUUUCAAGCUUCCUCUGGGAGCAGCAGUGAUCAGUCUGGAAGCAAUGCUGGGAUGGUGGUUGGAGUUGUGUUUGGAGUUUUAAUUAUGAUUACACUCAUCAUCAUCGUGGUUGUCCUGAUUCGUAAGGGGGUCGUUGAAAUGCCAUCACUGCCUUCGCUUCCGUCUCUGAGCAGCUUUAAGAGAAACAGUGAUGUCGGAGAGCUUGGUGGGCCUCUUGACCAUGGCUUUGAUAAUCCCAUAUUUGACAAGAUCAACAUGCUGCCUGAUAUUCCUGGUCUGUAUGGGACUGAAACAAAUUCAAUCUCCUUGACUUGUACAGGUGUGCACUUUGUAAAUCCAGUUUAUGAUGAGAAUGAAACUGAUUUUAAUGCUUGAAGUGACUGCAGUGACCUUUGAUUUCCAAUGUACUUUUGUAUUAAAAUUGAUGAUUUUACAGACCCUUCAUAAACAAUAAAUUCCCUUAUAGCUUUAUAACAAUUCACCAAUGUAAUAAACUUAUAAAAAAUGCUGACAGAUACUAAAGCUUUUAAAAAUCAAAUUGACUUGUAAGACAAAUAAAAUAAUUGCUGGCAGACAAUUGUGUACUUUUUUCCUCAAGAGCAGUAAUGUUGCAAUAAAACUGCUGUAAAUUCCAAACACACCCACUGCUGCACAGGUUUCUUAUGCUCAUGUUGCACAGUUACCACUAGAUGGUAGUAAAUUUAACCUUCAAUGACAUGUAUGUGAAAAAGUCCUCCAUAUGUACUAUAACUUUAUCUACCUUGGUAUGUAACUUCAAUAAACAUUUAUAAUGCA